AUGUCGGCUGCCAGAGGAGUGCGCACGAUUAUCAGGCCGGUGAACAAGGGCACCUACUUCGGCCGGUUCAACCAGUUCUGGAAGGAGGUCACUCUUGAGGACCCUGCCAUCUCCAUCUCCUUCUUCCUUGGUGGCCUUGGCGUGGCCAUUACCUUCCUCUCCAUGCCUAAUGUCCGCGGCAUUCUCGUCCCCUUCAAGUCACCCAAGCAAUCCUGGUUUGGCGAGCACUACUAG